GAGUUCGAAGCAUACCUGGACUCCAUUCGCUUCGACCGCCUCCGUUUCAGUGGAGAGGAGAGUGGCUUGUUCUGUAACCGGGAGAACGGGGAGCUUUGCCUCGCGCGAGACGGGGAUGUCUUUGCAGACCCCGGUCCGGAAAGCUCCGGCUUCCGAAGCCACGGCGGCCCGCAAAACCGCCUCGCGAGGAUGCUCGACCCUCCCUACGGACGGCUGGAGGUGGCCAAAGCCCGGCUCUCGCGUUGCGUCGUGAGCUUGCAGAAUGAAGAUUUCGAGAACCAUCUCCUGAUUCUGCGAGCCUUCUACCCCUGGCUGAAGCGCGUGAAGUUUCCAGAGGGCGAUGGGACCGCACAGAACAUCUACAAUACCCAGGAGUCUGCCUUCAUCCGCGACAACCUCCCUGCGCAAUAUCGCGAAGCGAUCGCCCGCUACAAUUCUGUAGACAUGGAGCUGUACCAGUUCGGCGUGGAGCGCUUCUACUGGCAAGUGGCUGAGGCUCGAAAGAUGAUGCUGCUGGCACCUCCCAGCUAUGUCCAGAUGCCAGUUCUCCCGCUCCGAUCCCGUGAUUGGGAGGCCAACUGGCCGUUCUUUCAGGAGCAGCUCCCGACCGCCUUCCUGAUGAGGCGGCUCGCCCGCUGUCGUAUCACUCAGCUCGUGUCCCAGUGCGGCCGGUUAGUGGGCGAGCGUACGCCCGAAGGCGUCGACUACAAGUUACCACCGGCCUUAGCCGAGCAGCUGGCGCGCUUGGCCAGCGACGCCUACUAUUCCCAGAGCCCUGAACGAUUCUACACUCUUGGCUUUCGGGACCUCCUGCGAGAAGUUGGUCAAGUGAAGGCAGCGGAGUACCAGGAGAUCCGCAUCCCGGAUUUCCACGUGCUUUGGGAGGACUCAUGGCGGGACAUGCAGGAGGUCUUGACCACGCAGGGCCUCCCGCAGACACAGGCCACCGAGAGGACCACCUGA